UAUUUCUCUGACGAGCUACUAUAGUGUUCUUGGUUUACAUUAUUUUAUAGAGUCCAAAUUUACCCAGUAUCCCCGAAAGUAGUCUUCGUUUCUUUACGUUUAGUUUGCUUUUGUACGGCACUAGCCGAAGUCGGAAAUACAAAAAACGGAAGACAACGAUGUCAGAGGGCGCAUGUGCCAGUGGGCCGCCACCCCCUCUCGGCCAGACCCCAACCAUUGGCGUCAUGUGCAUCGAUAUUGCCACGAUGUUGCAGAAGCAUUUUGGGGCAGAAUACCAUAGUUAUCUGGCGGCAUCCUAUAUCAAGUAUUUGGAAGCAUCCGGGGCUCAUGUUGUGCCUGUGUGGAUUGGCCGCGAUCGUUCCUAUUACAAGGGGAUAAUGGACCGGGUUAAUGGCAUCCUUCUGCCAGGCGGAGCGGUGUACUUUGACGAAGCCGAGAUGAAGUCCAAUCCGAAUCUAACCAACGACUGUGUCAGAAGUUCAGAGCACAUUUACCAACUGGCCAUGGAGCGAAAUAAGCAGGCGAAGAAGGAAAACGAUGCCGGUGGAUACUUCCCUCUUUGGGGCACUUGCCUGGGCUUUCAGUUUCUGCUAAUACAUGCUGCCGAAACGCCCGAGAUUCGCACCGAUUGUCAACGCAUCCAACAGGCAAUGCCAUUGAAACUGACCGAGGGCUACCUUAAGUCGCAGCUCCUGCAGAAUUUGUCCACGCAAGCGGCAGAGCAAAUGGAACGCGUACCCUUUGCCUCACACCAUCAUCAGUACUGUGUCACCGAAGAGUGCCUGGAGUCCUUUGGCCUGGCCAACGACUGGCAUACCUUGGGCACCCAGAAGGAUGCUUCUGGAGCGGAGUUCAUUUCCCUUAUCGAGCACCGGCACUUUCCCAUCUUCGGCAGCCAAUUUCAUCCUGAACGGGCUGCCUUUGAGCAGCUGUUCGCUGGACAGGAUCUAUGCCACGAGUCGCACACUCCCGUUGGGAUCGAGCUGGCCCAGCUUAUAGGCACACGAUUUGUUGAGGUCUGUCGCCGGAACAAGAAUCGAUUCGCCAGUCCCGAUGAAAAGGCGCGGCAUCUCAUCAACAACUGGCAGCCAGUGUUUUCGGGGGUCUACAAGAAAUCAAAGUGGCUGCAGUGUUAUCUGUUCAAGAAGGACGAGGAUUACCCGGAGAUACUAGUGCGAACUACUGCGAGCGAUAAGAAGGAAACCUGAACUUCAUUUAGACUAAUGUAGGUAACGUGGACUGUUAAUAAUAAUAAUAAACAAAGGCAACAAUUAAGUAUAAAGCAUUUUAGUUUAAAGUAUUCCUAUAUAAUAUAGUAUAAUAAUAUUCUUUCUGCUUCUUAAAGAAUUGUAUAAAUAUACUUAAUUGAUUAAAUAUGCUUUUUGAAAUAUAUUCCAAGAAUAAAACUCCCUAAUUUGUAAGUAA